UCUUUUCAACGACUAUUUUUCUCCCAAUCCGGUAUAUCCGGAAUAAAUUUUCCGAAGGCGAUUUAGGAUGGGGAGAGAUUUGUUUGUCAAGAUAGUAAAUGCAGUUAAACAACACUGUAACUAUUUCAAAUAGAGGAAAGAUGCUGCACAACGACCUGGAUUGUCGCCAUUGCAGAAAUGUACAGCAGCUAUUCGCAUGCUUGCAUAUAGAUCCCCAGUUGAUAUACUUGAUGAAUAUAUACAAAUCGGCGAAAGUACUACAAUUGAAUGUUUAAAUAAAAUUUUAAAACUAUUAUCGAUGUAUUUGGCGAGGUGUACAUGAGAAGGCCUAAUGCUGAUGAUGUUCAACGACUGCUUCAAAUGCACGAAGAUUGUUAUGGCUUUCCAGGCAUGCUUGGAAGCCUUGAUUGCAUGCAUUGGGCCUGGAAAAAUUGUCCAGUAGCAUGGAAAGGCCAAUAUACACGAGGUGAUCAUGGUCAUCCCACAAUCAUGCUUCAAGCAGUUGCGUCGGUGGAUCUCUGGAUAUGGCAUGCAUAUUUUGGUGUGGCUGGGUCCAACAACGACCUUAAUGUAUUGAGUAGAUCAAACUUAUUUCAAGAUGAAUUACAAGGUAGAGCUCCAAAAGUUUAUUUUAAUGUUAAUGGUACUACAUACACCAUGGGUUACUACCUUACAGAUGGUAUAUAUUCUGAAUGGGAUGCAUUUGCUAAGAGCUUCUCACAUCCUCAAGAUCCUAAAAGACUUUGUUUCAAAAAAAAAACAUGAGAGUGCAAGAAAAGACGUCGAGAAAGCAUUUGGAGUACUCUAAGCUCGUUUUGCAAUAGUUCGUGGUCCGGCGCGAACUUGGCAUAAAAGCAAGCUUCAUAAUAUUAUGGAAGCUUGCAUCAUAUUGCAUAAUAUGAUUGUUGAAGAUGAGCGACAAACAUAUUCAAGAAAAUUUCCUGCUGCCGAUUUUUCACAACCAAUUGAUCGUGAUGAUACCCGUCAAGGACACACUGAGGAUUUUGAAUCGUAUCUGGCAAGAGAUGUAACAAUUCGAGACAGAGAAAAGCAUCAUCAACUCAAGGCGGAUCUAGUUGAGCAUAUUUGGACGCAUUUUGGAAAUCAAGACAAUAUGUAGUACUUUUUGUUAAUGUAAUCUCGCUUUUCGUUUUUAUGUAUUAAUUAUGUUGUAUCUUAAUUAUUUUUUUGUUAUUUUUUUUAAUUAGUUAUUUAAAAUUUGGAAUAAAAGUCAUUUAUUUCUAUAAUUUAUUAUUUUUUAAAUUUUUUUUGAGGGGAUUAUUUUUACAAGUUAAUAACAAAUUAUGAUUGUAAAUGUAUAUUGAAAAUUGUAGAUAUGGUGAUGACAUGUGGGACCUACAAAAACUACAAGUGGUUGUAGUUUUCCAAUGCGAGAGGUUGUAGCUUGGGAAUGUUUUAGUUUGAAAAUAUGAUGUGGCAUACAAAGCUACAACUACUUGUAGCCUGCCAUUGUGGAUGCUAUUAUGAGAAGUGCAAAUUCCUAGAAAGUAGAAGUAUAUGAAGUUGUUUGGUUGGCAAAAUCAUGGGAAUUUGUACUUUCUCAUAGGAAGUUCUACUUCCCAUUAUCAACCAAACACAAUUUUACACUUCUUAGGAAUUUUAAAUACAUGGAAAAAAUAACUUUCUAAGAAGUAUGACUUCCUAUAUACAACCAAACAAGGCCUAAGUGUGUAGAUUAAAAUGAAAAUUAGCUAAUUGUAUAAGACUGACUUGACGUUAUUAGACGGUUAAGUUGAAAAGCUGAGUAUUUGGCGGGAGGUGACGUUGAGAAUGAAAUGGGCUCUCAGAUCAUUCCUCUUCCCUCAAAACUUAAGCACUUUUCUCUCUCCUCAACAUAUAUACUUUCACUCUUGAAAAACUACACCAAUACUCGAUCUCUCGCAAAAAUCAAACAACUUCACGCUCAAAUUAUCACCUCUGGCAUACUUUCUCUCUCUUCAUUCCGACCCUUCACUCUACGCUCUCACCUUGCUUCGAGCUUUGCGUUCUGCGGUCAUGUCGGAUAUGCACGCAAGCUGUUCGACGAAUUGCGUCAUCCAAAUCUGUUUUUGUACAACGCCAUUAUUAGGAUGUACUCUCAAGGUGGUUCACCAAUUGAAGUGAUUAGGCUUUUUGUUGAUAUGCUAUCAUCUGGGUAUCUUUUUCCUGACAGUUUUACGUACCCUUUUGUUAUUAAGGCUUGUGGAGAUUUGUCAUUGCUUAAGAAUGGUAUUAUAAUGCAUGCUAAAGUUGUGACUGGUGGUUUGGGUUCGAACGUGUUCGUGUUGAAUGCAUUAUUGGCAAUGUACAUGAAUUGUGGUGCCUUGGACAUGGCGAAGCGUGGUUUUGAUAUGAUGAGGGGGAGAGAUAUGGUGUCUUGGGCAACAAUGAUUAGUGGGUUUGUCAAAAAUGGGUGCGCUAAUGGUGGAGUUAUGAUGUUUAAUGAAAUGGUUGGUAUUGGUGAUGAGGUUAUUAACAGGUUUUCUGUGUUGUCAGUGUUAUCUGCUUGUGGGCAUUUGGAGGAUUUGGGUUUCGGAAGGAAGGUUCAUGGGAUUGUGGUGGAGAAGGGUUUACAAGAUGACAUUUGUAUAUGUAACGCUUUGAUUGAUAUGUAUGCAAGGUGUGGCAGCAUGGAUGAAGCAAGAGAAGUGUUUGAUAAGGUGAAGGAGAAAGAUGUGGUAGCAUGGACAUCUUUGAUAAAAGGGUACAUUUUAAAUGGCAAUGCUAGAUUUGCACUGGAGCUUACUCAGCUAAUGCACCAAGGAGGAGUGAUGCCCAAUUCAGUGACGGUUGUUAUGUUGCUUCAGGCUUCUGGAAGUUUGCAGGAAGUGAAACAAGGCAAGUGCUUGCAUGCUUGGGUAGUUAGGCGAAAUCUUUUCUCUGAUGCAAUAAUUGAAACUGCUUUGAUUGAUAUGUAUGCAAAAUGCAACAAUAUCAGUUGUAGCUUCCUAGUUUUUAUCAAAAGCUCACAAAAGAGAGUAGCAACCUGGAAUGCAAUUAUUUCUGCAUACACGCAUAAUAGUUUAGCGAGUGAUGCAGUACAAUGUUUCAAACAAAUGUUGCUUGCAGCGGUGGAUCCUGAUGUUAUAACUUUUAGUAGUCUUCUUUGUGCUUAUUCUGAUUUAGCUGAUGAACAUCAAGCUCUUAAUGUUCACAGUUACCUGUCAAAAUCUGGAUUUUUAUCAGAUAAAGAAGUUUUGAGGAACCUGGUUGAUUUGUAUUCAAAAUGUGGAAACUUGGAGUAUGCUAAGAAAUUAUUCUGUGAGAUUUCACUGGAAUGCAGAGAUAUAACUUUGUGGAGUGCACUAAUAGCUGGAUAUGGAGCACACGGCCAGGGGGAGACUGCAGUUUUACUUUUUAAACAGAUGGUUCAGUCUGGAGUUAAACCAAAUGAGGUUACCUUCACCUGUGCUCUAGAUGCGUGUAGCCAUGCUGGCUUAAUCGAUCAGGGUCUUGACUUGUUCAAACUGAUGCUCAGAGCUUGCCAUCUCAAUCCCAGUAUGUAUCAUUAUACAUGUAUGGUUGAUCUUCUUGGUCGGGCUGGCCGUUUGCAAGAAGCUUAUGAUUUGAUCCUGACAAUGCCAUUUAAGCCCAAUCAUACUGUUUGGGGUUCCUUGCUGGGUGCUUGCGUUGUACAUCAUAAUGUUGAACUCGGAGAGAUUGCUGCGAAAUUACUGGUUAAGAUGCAGCCUGAGAACACAGGCAAUUUUGUCUUACUGGCAAACAUAUAUGCUUCUGCAGGAAGAUGGGAAGAUGCAGAAAAUGUGCGUUCCAUGAUAAGUAUUGCUGGAUCAGGAAAGAAACUAGGUCAUAGUUGUUGAAUAUGUAAGUGUGUUUUCAGUCAGCGCUACACAAAGAAGACAUUAUGAACAGGAAGUUGUUCAAGAAGAAGCAAGGAUUUGUCAUGCCGUGGCAAUGAGAGACCACGGGAUUCAAAACGACUGUAGCGAAUCGUAAUCAUUGCUUCAUUACCUAAAGUUAACACGACACUCUCCUGUGAAAGUCUUGUGACUGAGUAUGAGCAAUGUUUAUGCCAAAAAUCACCCAAGGGGCAAUAUUUGGUUCGGACAUCGAUAACUAGACUAAGACAAGAAAAAUAAAAGGAUGAAAAUAAAAAGAGAAGGGACGCAAAGGAUGGUGACGCUGAAAACCCCGAUGAAGGUGGGUAAAAACCGCGGGUGGACAUGAGACCACCAAUCCACUAUAUUUCAGGCGUUAAAGCCAUUGUAAUUACAAGGAUAUCUAGUGAUCAUGUAUACAUAACUAUCACGAAUAUAAAAGCAUCGAUUAUAAAUAAAACUUAUACAGAGGGACAAUUGUAGUUUGGCUA